AUGUAUUCUAUUCAGAUUCCAGGAUCCGAUACACCAACAAACCAAAGGCACGUCGACAGAGUUUUAGCAUGCCGAACAACAUCCAAGGAACUCCAACUUCGACUAUCUAUCAACUCAGACAGCUCUGCUCCAGAAAUGACAGACGGUAACGACUCGGAUACCUCUCUUGAAGAUGAUCCUAUUCAUGAAGAAGCUGCAGAAAGACUCUGGAAUAAAUGGUUUUCUACAUCACCAGAAUCACAUUCUCGUCCAUUUUACCAAACUCAACAAGCUACAAAAUCAUCAUAUCAAGUCCCAGCAGGAUCACUUUGUCCAAGUAACCGAAAUUACGCACCAACAAACCUAUCCAACCUCAGCCUAUCAUCAAAACAAGAACCAGAACCAUGUCAUUUAGAUGGUAUUCGCAACUCACAACGCGGCCGAAGCCAAAGCAACCUAGUAUUCCCGAGUCACAACUACUCUCCAAACCGUACCUUCUCACCAGAAGCUCCCCCAGUUCCACCUAAGCCAAAGAACUACCUACCCAACACUCUAAAUCUAUCCCACAACUCCUGGCCCAACAGGAGUUCCUCCCGCCCACACCCUCCAAGACCACCCCUCUCUAGACUACGAGCAAACACCGCUCCUGGGGCAUCAGCUCAAUACGCGACCACAAAUCAACCCUCGAAUCUUUCAUAUUGCACAACACUAUCCCCAGAUCUACCAUCUACACCCACCUCUCAGUCCUCCUCAGCCAAUGGCUCUUUAUACAUACGUUCCGUGCCGAGCUCUCCUUUUCGGCCACCACCCCAACUUAUGCACCUCAUGGAGAAAUCUGUCUUCGAGGAUGAUGAGGAGGAUGAGGAGUCGGCACGACUGAAGAUCAUUAGGAGUUUGGAGAACAAAAUGAGAAUUAGAAGUGGGAGUGGAAGCGGGAGCGGGACCCGGGUGGGAGGGUCAGACUCGCAAAAAGGAAGGGAUGGGGAGGGUGAGAAGAAGGAAGGUGGGAGUUUAAGGAUCAAGAGGACGGUUAACAGACUGAAGGGUGUUUUCGGUAUGAGAAAGAGUAUAGGGUGA